UUAACCUAUAGUAUAUAUAUUCUUUACAAUCCAUCUUGGACAUCUCUUCUCAUGCAUGGGCAGUGGAGCACAAUACUCUUCUCUUCCAGCAUUGUUUCUUCAACCCAAUCACUUUCAUUAAUCAACCACAUUCCAAAAUCCAAAUGGAUUCCAUGGCUCCCCAUUGCUUCUCCAUACACAUUGCUCUCAUCUGGGUUCUCCUUUGCCAAGGUGCAUUAGGAGCCACGUUUACUCUAAUCAACAAGUGUGAUUACACUGUGUGGCCCGGGAUUUUGGCCAAUGCAGGCAGCUCCGGAUUGGACUCAACCGGGUUUGAGCUUCGACCCGGUGGGUCACAGAGCUUCCAUGCCCCACCCAGUUGGUCCGGAAGAUUCUGGGGCCGAACCGGAUGCAAUUUUGACCCGAACACCCAACAGGGUAGCUGCACCACAGGGGAUUGUGGCUCCAACCAAAUCCAAUGCAACGGCGGCGGGGCAAGCCCACCCGCCACAUUGGUGGAGUUCACAAUCGGGUCGGGUACCCAGGAUUUUUACGAUGUGAGUCUCGUUGACGGUUACAAUCUGCCUUUAAUUGUGGACCCCAAUGGCGGUUCGGGUACGUGCGGAUCCACCGGGUGCCUUGCGGACCUGAACCAAGGGUGCCCGAAUGAGUUACGGGUCGCGGACCGCAGCGCGUGUAGGAGCGCGUGUGAGGCUUUUCAGAGUCCGGAGUAUUGUUGCAGCGGCGCGUAUGCCUCACCCGCCACAUGCAAGCCUUCGGUAUACUCGCAGAUAUUCAAAUCCGCGUGUCCCAAAUCGUAUAGCUACGCAUACGACGACGCUACGAGUACGUUUACGUGUACGGGAGCUGAUUAUACAAUUACAUUCUGCCCUUCAACCACAAGCCAAAAAUCGGCAAGAGAUUCACCGGCUCCUCCUCCUCCUUCUGGAAUUGGGUCAGAAACAGGGACAGGGGAGAUGCCAUUGAUAGUUAACAGUCCAUGGUUUCCCAACUUUUUCACUGGACUAUCAUCAAAGUCUCACCCUUGCUCCUUGUCAUUGAUUGCUACUGUGACUAUGCUAGUAUUCUUUUCUUUGCAAUACUCAUAGUGCAUUAUUAAUACUAUUAAAGGUUGUAGGUGACAUUUUUUAGAUUAUUAAAUCUCAAGGUACAAAACCUCAGCAUGUUAACUUGGAAAGCAAUUGCAAUCAGAAUCUCGUGAACCCACCAGCAAAAGGGACUUUUUGAGGCAUGGAUUGGCAUUAUUCAAAUAGAGAGGUGAUGUAGCGCAAUAUGAAAAGUAGUGUUUUCUAUGCUUUGCUUGACUUAGAAUCAGAGUAAUAUAGGUUGGUACUCUACUGGCUAGCCAGCUUUGCGGGUAUUUGAAGCUUGGUACCAUGUCAUUUGGGUUGGCAAAAUAAUGGGAUUUGCAAUUAUAAUGUCUGGCUAAGAGACACUACCACUUCUUGCUCUUGCUGAUUUUAAUUAAACACACUCGGUUAUGUUCAAAGGCACGCAACUAUGAUUAAACAACUCAAUGAUAUUGUUGUGCUGCUUCUCAUUUUUUGAAGCAGUAGAGUACGUUCUUUGAAACCUUUAUGCUCUAAUAUGGAUUAUUUAAGUGUUGUGCGUUUCAA